UCAAUUUUCUCACAGUUUUUACUAAUAAAACCACUCCGGAAAGUUGCAGUUACUUUGUGAUUUCUCAAAGGUUUUUCCAAGAGUCUCGCCAGGAAUAAAAGGCAGUGCCAACUGAACUUGCUGCAACCCACAUCUACUGUUUUACACUCAACAGAAACAAUGGGAUAACAGCCAUUCCAGCUUUGUGUACUAUCACUGGAGAUAAGGAAUAUCUUUCACAAAAGUUUGUCUUGCAGCAUUCUUGAAACAGAUGUGAACCACCAUCAUGUCUACUAGCGGCAGUGAUAAGUUACAGUCCGUCUCUUUCAGUUCUGUGGCUCUCUGUUGAUUCUUAGGAACUGAUUGUGAACUCACGUGAGUCUUCCGCAUCUGCGUACUGUAGAUUCCAGUCAUAGAAAAGAGAAAAUGAUUAUACUGGAAGUACGUUAGCUGUUUACCAAAAUAAAAGCACCAGUAUUAAUUUCCCAAUUAAAAGAUCAUGGGCGUUUGUUACUUUUCUAACAGUGUUAAAUUAAUCUAAUCUCUCAGAAAUUAAUGCUUUCUGUCAGAAUGUCACAUUCAUCCUGUUUAAUCUGUCAUCACUCGCCUUUCUUGAGUUGAAAUCAACAUCUGCAAAGGAUUGUUGCUGACCUUCUAUCCAACCAGAAGUACAGGUUUAGGGUCAAGAAAAGGCAAGCUAAAAUCUCAGCAGACCCCACACAAACAAACUGCUUAGACCUUCACCUUCAGGUCAAGUAGUGAUCCACUACUAUAGGUGAACCAGUUAUUUGGCUGAUGGCAGCUGUUUCUUUUUACAAAAAAACAGCUGACACAGAGACAUUUAAAGGCUGGGGUAUGUAACUUUUAUGAAAAUAUGUUAUUUGUUGUAACUGUCACUAUGUCAUGGCAGUAUAUGAGACGGAUUAUCUGUGAAAAAUGCUUGCGCCCUCUCCCUGUGAAAAGCAACCAAUCAGAAUCAAUAGGACUCUCCGCUAAAAAAUCUUCUCGCCUGACAUUUUUUAUCUGUGUCAAUCAAAAUGUAUGUGCUGCUAAAUGUGCUAAAUGUCCUUAGAGAAACUAUCUGCCAUCAUCGGUGGCCACAGAUCGAUGGCCUAACAAGUUAGCAUCGGUGGCCAUCCUAACUAGCCUGAGCAUAGUAACGGGGAGAAGCUGUAGCAUAACAUAGAGCAAGGGGGAGGCUGUGAGCAGAGUGUGCACUAGCUUGAUUGACAGCACUAGGACCAUCCUCCUGGCUCUGGUUGGUUGUUUCUGAUCUAAACCCUAUUAUUUUAUUCCCUCCCCCAUAACAUUUAGACUUAAAAUUCCUUGUUUUUGUGCACAAACUUAGUGAAUAAAGCUGAUUCCGAUUCCAAACUGAACACAACUGUAUUUCUCACAAAUUAUUAGCGCUAUAGUUAAUGCCAACAACUAUUAAACAUUAUUGUGUAAAACAAGAUUGACUGUACCUGAUUUUGAAUCAAUUGAUUGCUCCCGUUUUAUAUGUCUUAGUAACCUACAUCUGUGGGUCUCAUAAUAUGUUGUGAGACAAGUAUUGUUAAUUGACGAAUUAUAAAUAAACUAUGGCCAAAGUCGUUAUCAUGCUUUUAUUUUGAAAACGCUCAGGGAAAGUGGUUUCAGUAGCUGUGGCUUGGAAUGGAAGUUUUUCUCAAUUCUUCCUAUUGAAGUUAUUUCAUUUAAAAAGUCGGGCAUUGUAAUGAGUGGAGCUACAGUCCCGGCGGACAUUUCAGGACACAUGUUGGACCUUGAUGAGGACGAAGACCUGGAGGUGUUCAGUAAGAACACGUCCCUGGCGGAUGGCAACCCCAUGCCCAACUCUCCUGAUUCCAUGGUCAACCAGUUCCGACUGGAUGAAGAGAAUGAAGAGGAGCAGCAAGGUGCCAUUAAUAAAGACAUCUUUGUUACUGUUGACAACCCAGAGAGCCACAUUUCUGCUAUUGAGACCUUCAUUACGUACAGAGUUGUAACCAGGACCACCUGCAGCGAGUUCGACUCCAGCGAGUAUGAAGUACGGCGACGCUACCAGGACUUCCUGUGGCUCAAAAGCAGAUUGGAGGAAAACUACCCAACUCUGAUCAUCCAUCCUCUCCCAGAGAAGUUUGUGAUGAAGAGCAUGGUGGAGCGCUUCAAUGACGACUUCAUAGAGACCAGGAGGAAAGCACUACACCGCUUCCUCAAUCGGAUCGCCGAGCACCCCAUCCUGUCCUGCAGCCACCACUUCAAAGUCUUCCUCACUGAAGAGGAGCUGGCUCCUCACAGGAAACUGGGUCCAGGCUUUCUGAGCAGGAUGAGCGACACCAUGAGGGCCAUGGCCAACUCUGUGCGAGGCCUCAGGAGCAAGCUGGAGGAGUUUGCCGUCAUGCAGGAGUAUGUGGACGACUUCAGCAACAAGAUGUGCUCUGUGGACAAAGUCACCCACAGGAUCAUCAAGGAACAUAGAGAAUACAUGGAUGAGCUGAAGCAGUACGGUCCUACCUACUUCCAGUGGGCGGAGUCAGAGGAACUGCUGGCAGAACCACUGAAGGGUGUUGGUAGCUGUGUGGAGAGGUGCAGUAAGGAGACAGAGGAGCAGAUCCAACAUCUGUCCGAGUUUCUUGUCCCUACCCUGCACGAGUAUGUCCUUUGUGCCGACACUCUGAAGGCUGUGAUGAGACGGAGAGACAACAUCCAGGCUGAGUUCGAAGCAAAGAAUGAGGCCCUGGCCUCAAGAACAACUGACAAAGAAAUGCUGCAGGAGGAGGUGGAUGACCUGGCAGACCGAGUGGAACAGGCCAACAAUGCUUUACGGGGAGACUGGUCCCGCUGGAGGACCAGCAUGAGAGCUGACCUCAAAUCUGCUUUCAUCUCCACCGCUGCCAAGAACGUCGAUUAUUAUGAGAAGGUGAGUUUGACUUACUGCCCUUCAUCGCUUUAUGCCGUUUGUCUUCAGACCUCAAGAACUUUGACUAGCUGGUUCUUUAGAGCAGCUCUGUUACCUCAGAGGUGUUGAAGAAGAAUCAGUGGU